AUGACGCAGCGUGUGUUGGAAUUCCGCGCCGAAGAAGGAAAAAAACUCUCCCUUCUAAAAUGGGUCUGCCUCUCUAUUCGCCUCUCAUCUCUCUUUCACUGCACCCUCUUUCCAGCUCUUAGAUCUGUUUCUCAACCACUGCCCACCAGACCCACUUUGCAAGACUGUGUUUUGACCUCUUUUUAUGCCACUUUAGCCCGAAACAGAAAAUGGGUUCAGAAACCUUGUGGUGUUGGCAUCUCUGUCUCAGGGGUGUUUGCAUUUGUUGGAAUAAUAAUGGGCAACGGCACUUCUCGUGUUGUUGGCUGUUUGGUGCCUUUUAAUGGCAAAAGUGGGGUUGAUUUGGAGUUUCUGGAGCCAUUAGAUGAAGGGUUGGGCCACUCUUUCUGUUAUGUUAGGCCUUCUAUUUUUGAAUCUCCUGCCAUUACCCCAUCAAACUCUGAGAGGUUUACUGUUGACUCUAGCACCCUUGAUUCUGAGACAUUGAGUGGCUCAUUUAGGCAUGAGAGCAUCGAAGAGAGACCUGGCAAGAAUGUUCCGGAAACCACAUUCAAAACAAUAUCAGGGGCUUCGGUUAGUGCCAAUGUUUCCACUGCAAGGACAGGUAACCAGAAUGCUCUACUUGCCAGUGAUGUUCUAGAGCCUGCUGCAUCUUUUGAGGGAACCUCUUCGUUUGCUGCAAUCCCUUUGCAGCCUGUUCCCCGCGGUUCUGGACCUUUGAAUGGAUUCAUGUCGGGUCCUUUGGAGAGAUUCGCUUCCGGUCCAUUGGAUAAGGGUGGUGGUUUCAUGUCUGGGCCGAUAGAGAAGGGAGUUAUGUCAGGACCUCUUGAUGCCACUGACAAGUCCAACUUUUCAGCGCCCCUUGCUCGUGGUCGACGAAGGCCACACCUCCAGCGCCUUAUGAGAAGUGUGAGUGGUCCUAUGAGAAACACUUUUUCUAGGACUUUUUCGAAGCACUCCAUGGGUGUCAGUUGGGUGCAGCGGUUAUUCCUUCAUCCGGUGUCUCAACUAGCUUGGAAUUCCAAAGAGGCAAAGUUUCGGUCUGAAGUUUCUAGAAACUGUACUGAAGUUGGAUCGUCCGAGUUAGAGUAUAAACAUACACAAAAUUUGCAGUGGGCUCAUGGUAAGGCUGGGGAAGAUAGGGUUCAUGUUGUGCUUUCUGAAGAACAAGGGUGGUUGUUUAUUGGGAUAUAUGAUGGUUUUAGUGGACCGGAUGCUCCUGAUUUUCUGAUGAGUCAUCUUUAUAAGUUUAUAGACAAGGAAUUAGAAGGGUUGCUCUGGGAUUAUGAAGAUAAUCCUGUUGAUCCACUUAAACCUGAAGUCCUUAAUAAUGGAAAUGAUGCAAUUGCUCUAGAAUGCGGUAGGGAGGAAGUGUCUGAUGCUCAUAACAUUUCAAAUGAAGAAAGUUCUUGCUGUUUAGAAACUUCUUGUCCAGUAAUAGUUGAUCAAUCAUCUAAUAGUGAAAUAGUGGAGGUAAAUGCUGAACAGAAAAAUUGUGGAAGUCCCAGUGUUGACCAUCCUGUUCCUGUAUCUGUUCCAAUUGGACAGUUGAGUGGUCAAGGCAGAAGAAGUGUGCGACUUUAUGAGCUACUUCAGAUGGAAUCUUGGAAUGAACAGGUGUCAGAACAUGACAAGUAUUCUAUAGUUCCUGGGGAAAUAACACAAGAAAGGCAGUUGAGGUUCUGCUCAUCUGAUGGUAAAGAGGAUAGAUCUGGACACCAGGAUGAAUGUCCUACUACUUCAGGGGAAAAUGGAGGCCCUGGGUUUAAUUCAACCAAACAGGAGCCAAUAGCUCCCUUUUGUGUUUCAGGACGAAGGCAGAAUUCGAGAAAGUCAUUUAUUGGUACAAAAAUCAGAAAAAUGUACAGGAAACAGAAGUCCUUACGUAAGAAACUCUUUCCUUGGAGUUAUGAUUGGCAUAGGGAGGAAUCUUGUUUUAACAAGAAAUUAGUGGAAUCCUCAGGACCCUUUAGAAUAUGCAAGUCUGGCGUAGAUCAUAAUGCAGUUUUAAGUGCAAUGGCGCGGGCUCUUGAAAGAACAGAAGAGGCAUACAUGAAAAUGGUGGAGAACAAUAUGGAUAAAAAUCCAGAACUUGCCUUAAUGGGAUCAUGUGUUUUAGUGAUGCUGAUGAAGGAUCAAGAUGUUUAUGUUUUGAACCUUGGAGAUAGUCGUGCAAUUUUGGCUCAAGAACGACCAAAUGAUCGUCAUCCUAAUCCCUGUCUCAUCAAAGACGACUUGAGGCAUAGGAACAGAUCUAGAGAGUCAUUAGUGGGCAUGGAGCUGGACAGAAUUUCGGAGGAGUCCCCAGUGCACAAUAUAAACAAGCAUGUUAACAAGAUAAACAAAAACCGAGAGAUAUCCAUGUGCCGAUUGAAAAUGAGGGCUGUUCAGCUUUCCACAGAUCAUAGUACAAGUAUUGAAGAGGAAGUUUUCAGAAUAAGAGCAGAACACCCUGAUGAUAAUCAGGCCAUAUUUAAUGAUCGAGUGAAAGGACAAUUAAAAGUUACCAGAGCAUUUGGUGCUGGAUUCCUGAAGAGGCCAUCUUUUAACGAACCUCUACUGAAGAUGUUUCGAGUUGAUUAUGUGGGGAGUGGUCCAUACCUAAGUUGCGCUUCUUCUGUUGUUCAUCACCGGCUUUCCUCAAGCGAUCGGUUCCUGGUGCUGUCCUCUGAUGGGCUUUACCAGUAUUUCAGCAAUGAAGAGGUAGUUGCCCAUGUCACGUGGUUCAUGGAAAAUGUUCCCGAAGGCGAUCCUGCACAAUACCUCAUAGCAGAGCUUCUCUUCCGUGCCGCUAAAAAGAAUGGAAUGGAUUUUCAUGAAUUGCUGGAUAUUCCUCACGGAGAUCGCCGUAAAUAUCAUGAUGAUGUUUCUGUCAUGGUCGUUUCCUUGGAGGGAAGGAUUUGGAGAUCAUCCGGAUAA